CCAGUUCGGAAUCUCAACGUGAGGCGGUCAGGGGAAGACUGAGACGUACAUCAUAUGGACAUAGGAGCAGAGUGUCGGGAUCAGACACAUUCGCAGAUGGCCGGCGACGCUGCCAAGUCGAAGCGGGCCUUCUGCUCCAGCACACAGGUGCAGCUGGACAUGGAGAAGCAGAUGGAGAAUGAAACGUGGGGCACUCCGCUGGGCACCAAUCUUGUCGAGGACGAUGCGGACUUCUCGAGUAGCAGCAGUGAGCCCACAAGCUCCGGCGGGACGGAUAGCGAAGCCAACAGCACAUCCGAUCCAGAUGCCGAUGGCACAGUGUGCAGUGGUCCCUUCGCCGAUCUCCAGUCGAGCACGUAUACCCCGCUGGCUGGGGACUCGGACAACGACUUGGACGAGGAGGAGGUGUUCUGCGAAGAGGCCAUCUCCCUGCUGGCCCACGAGAUCCUCUGCUGCGAGUGCGAAAGUGACUCCGAGUCGGAGGCAGAGGGGAACGGCGAGGACACAGGUGAGGCCAAGGACAACGGCAAGCUGAGCGGAAUCCACGAGUACGGGCUGCACAAUCCGUACCAGCUCAUGUUCAGUGAGGAGGACGACGAGAAUCCAAGUGGGGAGGAUUCGCCGAUCGUCAGUGAGACGAUUCUCCUGCUGGGCGAGGAUCAACAGAGCGAGGAUAAGCCCGAGUCAAAGAAGGAAGAGAGCUUCCUUUAAGGAAGGCAUAUUUCUAGGCUUCGGGUUACUCCGAUUUGGUAUCUGCAGAUUUUCACAUUUUACUAACAUGAGCUUGAAAUUAAAUUUGGUAGCUAUUAAGGCUAAUAAAUGUAUGGUACCACUU